UUGCCAAUCACUAUGGAAUUUUCAAACUUGUAUAUUCUAUGUAUUUAAGAUAAUAUUAAAGAGUAUUUGAAUAUUAUUUGUUUGCUUUGUAUUAUGGCAAUCUUUAAUUAUACGUCCAUGUAUUUGGUCUUCAUUUAUAUUUUUCUUCAGAGAGAUUUACUCAAUAAAGGUUGUUGGUAUUAUUCGUUAAAAGUUUGUGAUGAUAUUAUUUUUCAUUGAAAAAAUGGAAAGUGCUUACUUUAACAGAUAUGUCAUUUCAUAUUUAAGCCGUUUAUCAUGGCAUCUAAGAUUUCCGUAAUAGAAAAGUACAAAUAUCAAAGAAACAGAUAUUUUACUCACUGACGCCGUGAAAAAUGAAGACUGACAUCGCAGUCCAAACACGGUAAUGUUAGCACACACUUUCGCUAAUGUAUCAUCUUUUCAAAGUAAUCCACGCGAGACCGAAAAACAUACAAUGAUCGGAAACCUGUCCCCGACGUCAUACUGCCUAUAGACCGUCCUUUGAGCCGAGAUAAAAUAAUGAUCGAUUUAAUACACACCUUAAAUCUACGUUUCCGAGGAAAGAGAGCGAUCCCAUGUGAUGCGUUCUUUAUUGCGCCAUAUUACAAGCAGAGACGAUAGGAAAUUAUCUGUGAAAGGGAAAUCGUCGUUGGUUUCAAGUCUUCGCCAGAGCCUGGAGGACGUGGUAUACUGGAAGAAGGUGUUGAAAACCUCUAUAGAGUCAUUAGCAACCAAUGCAUUUUUUUCAUUUACGAUGAAAAAUGUUUCAGUGAUAUGAAACAUACACGCGCAAGAAUUGAUUCUACGAGCAGAAUUUGUCGUUGAAUACCAAAAUAGAAUUUCUUCUACAAUAAUAUAAUAACGAGAAGAUUAGCGCUUUAAAAUGGUCCGUGAGACAAAAGGAAAGUUUUACAUACAGUUCCUAGCUCCUUUCUUCAUCAUAUUGUUGUCUCGGGGAGAAUCUUCGGAAGUCAGAUCGGGACUGUUUCGCAUCAAGACAGCGGUGAGAGUAACCGACAGCGUCAUUUCGGCGACGACGGCCCCGAGUUUUAUCGUCUGCGCCUCAAAAUGUGUGAACAUGGCAGAGUGCUCGUCGUAUAAUUUUAACAUGGACAGCGGCGUUUGUGAGCUGAGCUCGAAGAUGGUGGACUUUGAAAAUAUCGCUGCAUAUCCUGCUGACGCUGUAUGGAAAGCCGGUGCUGUGAAGGACUGCACCAAAAAGAUCCCGUACCCGCUGGAUCCAUGUACCUCCAGUCCGUGUCUGAACAAUGGGUUCUGUUCCUCCACGGGGUGUAACAGGGGGUUCAUCUGCUCCUGUAGUCCGGGGUGGACCGGUGAUGCUUGUGAUGAAGUUUCAGGAAAAGACUGCGCAGAGCUUUACCUAAAUGGGCAGACGACAGAUGGAAUAUAUACCAUUAGUCCGAUAGAUGGCGGUUCAUCAGUUCAAGUUGUAUGUGAUAUGACCACAGCCGGGGGUGGAUGGACGGUCUUUCAACGCCGUUACGACGGAAGCGUUCACUUCAACACCACCAUUGAUGAUUAUAGAAAUGGAUUUGGUGAUUUAAAUACAGAGUUUUGGCUGGGCAACAACAACCUCCACCGCCUGACAAACCAAGCCGACCAAGAGCUGUAUAUCCACAUGGAGUGUUUUAACGGGUCUGUGGGCUGGGCGCUUUAUGACUUCUUCAAAGUGGAUGACCAGAGCAACUGGUACAACUUGACCCUUGGUCUCUACAGUAACGGGACUGCAGACGAUUCCUUAAGCACUCACAACUACGCUCCGUUCACAAACACAGAUCUGUCCUACCCGGCGGCGCUGUUUCCGUGUAAUUUAUACUACGGGGGCGGCUGGUGGUACCCCACGGGCAGCGGCUGUCUGACUGCCAACCUUAACGGAUGGUACCGACCUUCACCGGGAACACACGAUGACGCUGGGAAAGGAAUCAACUGGGAGACGUUUACGGGGUAUAAGUACUCGUUGAAGGCCACGAAAAUGAUGAUAAGGCCCAAGGACUUUAAUUGAGCUUGAAAAGGAUGCACUGAUUGAUAGGACGCGCACGCACGAAUUCAUUUGGGCACUGAUACAACUUUUAGACUGUUAUGUGAGAGAUGAUGAUGUAAAUAAUCUUGAAUCCGCAAUGUUUUGACAGUGAAAAAAAUUUUCCAUGAUUGCUAUUUUUCUUUUUUCUAAUUCAUGAUACCACUUUAUUCAGACUACGUGUAGCUGUUACAAGACUCAAAAAGUACUUCCAUUCGAGCGAUAGCAAAAGUGUUAUUUCAAUGGCGGAAACAACUUUAUCUUGGCACUUUAGAUUUAGAUAUAUAUAUGAAUUACAUCCAUUUAUAAUUACUUACUAGUUGAUUAUUUUAUAAUCUAAUCAUUUUCAUCUUUUAUCUUUAACGUUUAAGCAAUGGGGAACCUAGGAUUAUUUAGGAGCAGUGAAAUAUCAAUGUUUUGGAUCAUCUCUUUUUUAUUUUAAUACUCCCCAUGGACAAAGCUUUCGUACAAAACACUGUAGAAACAUAUUACCAUUUUGUUGCUGUGUAAUUGUUGUGUAUUUUUCUGUGAAGAAGUGCCAAACGAAAGCAUUAUGAAAUGAAUUCCUUUCCUGUCAUGGUAUGGAUAAAAUUCAAAGGUGUUUCGCUUAUUUCCUUUCAUAUAUAUUCCAUACUAACAUUAACUAGGAUUUUUGAUCUCAGUACUCGGAUAUAUUGUGUGUGUGUGUGUGUGUGUGUGUGAGAGAGAGAGAGAGAGAGAGAGAGAGAGAGAGAUUGUAAUCAAUAUUAUUGUAAGUAAUAGGCCCCUAUCUACCAGUAAAGCUUAUAAACAAAAGCGCGUUGUACUUUCCGACUAUAUAUCCCGUUUAUAAUAGCAUCUCUGACAGAAAGCUAAUUAAUACUCACUUUACCUUCUGAUUCCUAGUGUUUGUCAUGAUAUUUAUUAGCAUUAUUUGCAUUUACAGUCUUCACCUUGAGUAAAAUAAACACUGACUGAGCUUUAAAGCUAAGUUUUUUCAAUCAAUUAGACAUACUGAGUACAUCCAAAUUAAUUUCGAUUUUUUUA